AUGGUGGGAAGACCUCAGUCUCAGUCCCGAAAGGCUCAACUCGCGCGGGAGGAGCAUGAUCCCGUCAUGGAUCGUGCCAUUGACAGCUAUCGCGCGGAAUUGGACAAGACAGACCCGGAGAAGAAGAAGAGUCUCCGCACUAUUUGUGAGGAGACUUUACAGGUGUAUUUUGAAGAGACUGGCCAUACUGUGACACUCAAUCACAAGACGCUCAGUAACCUGGUGAAUGGCGGCUGGAGACUCGCCGAAUUCAAUGCCAGCAAGAGCUGGCUGACUCCGGCUGAAGUUGACCAAGUUGCUGCCCGGGGGUUUCCACUCAGCCAUCGACGACUUUGUGAGCAUGUCAAUGAGAUCUGCCAGGCGAAAUACGGUGACAGCUGGCGCCCCGAGGGUCUCGGAGAUAACUGGACUCACCGUUUCGUGGAGAAGCAUAGUGACUGGCUUGCAAUGUAUAAGCCCCAUGCGCUUGAUGCCUCCCGUGCCCGAGCUGUUAAUCCCCAUGCGACAGCCGAGUACUACCGACUUCUAGAGGAGCUUCAGACAACUGGCGAUUAUGGGUGGCCAAUUCUCGAUGAGAACACAUAUGGCGUUGAUGAGUCAGGAUUUCAGUCUGGUCUUGGGCAGUCAAAUGAGCGUGCUAUUGGUGGGAGAGGUAAAAAGGUUCAGCAUGAACAACGAGAUGGGAACCGGGAGAAUGUUACAGUCAUUGUCACUAUUUGUGCUGAUGGGUCCUCAGACAAGCCAUCCCCAACUGUCAUUUUCAAGGGGUCUUGCUUCCAGUCCAAUUGGUGUCAGGAUAACCCAACAAAUGCAUCAUAUGCUCCCUUCUAUAUCACUCACUGCCUCCAGGGCCUCGAUGUGGCAUUCUUCAGUCUUUUGAAGGACUGCUGGAAUGAAGAGCAGGCAAAGUGGGAGCGACAGAAAGGGAGGAAGGUCACUAAAGAAAACUUCCUCCUGGUCUACGGGAAUGCUCACCUGCAUGCCUUGACUCAAGAACUUGUCAGGACAGCUUUUUGCAAGACUGGUGUUGCCCCAUUCAAUCCCAAGGUCAUCACCCCAGAGAUGAUGGCUCCAAGCCUGGAGACAUCAACUCAGCCCAUCUUACCCAUUGCCCCUGCAACUCCCAUUCACGCAGUCAGCAAACUGAUCCGAGCAGCAACUGCUCCAGCCAAAGAUGGUUCAGCUGGAGUCAACCAACCUGGCCUCACAAUGACACCCAUACGAGAAGCACUCACCAAACUUGAGGAGUCCUCAGCUCAGUUCCUCGUCACUUCAUCUCCAGUCCGAUCUGACCAGGAACUCCCUCAGCUCCCGAUUUGCCCAGUCUCACCCAUCAGACAUCAGGGACACUCACCAUAUCAAGUCCUGCUGGAUGCGGAGCCUCAAACAGAGCGAGAGCGGUUGCUUCAACUCGCUCUCCAAGCCAGUGAAGCACGUGCUGAAGCCCAUAAGCAGCAUGUGCUCAGUUUACAGGCAGCAGCUGUGCUGCACACUCAAUACCUCUCCCGAGUACGGGCAGAACUCCAGGCCCAGAAAGAGAAGAAAGCUAAGGGGAAGGGGUUCAAGUUGAUGGGUGAUGGAAUGCCGAAGGUACUCACUAACGAUGACUUCAUUGAGAAGGUGAAGGAACGGGACCGCCUGCUUGAUGCCAUAGCAGACGAGAAGGAGGCACGGAAACAGGCUCGGGAUGAAUAUCAGCUGCAGAUGGCAGAAUGGAGAAAUGAAGAGGACGCACGGAAGGCCAGAAACGACGCUAAGACGGCUGAGUAUCGGAAGAGACUCGCCGAAUACAAAGCCGAAAGUGAGAAGGCCAGACGGGAGAAGAGGAGGAUUCAGCUCAAGAAACCUUCGCGGGGACCACUAGAGAAGGCUAAAGCAAAGCCCAAGCUUAACGCGCAGUCAAACGCACUAGCAGAUGUCAGUGAGGGAGACGCCACCGGGAGCGAGGACGAGGACGAUUAG